AUGUCUUCCGGAUACAACGUUAUUCACUUCGCUCACGCAGAGAAUGUUCGAAUCAGGAUCCCUGAAGAUGGCAUGGCUGUUCCAAUGAACUACUACUUUGGUAGCAUUGGUUGCCUUAUGCUUGACACCAAUAUUAACCCUGGAUCGAUUAAUAUUUUCGCUGGAAACAUCAGAAUAAUCCACAACUGGGCCGAAACUGGCAUAGGUGCGAUCACGGUCUCGGCUGAAAACAUUGAAAUAGUCUUUCACUACUACCACACUGGGUCUCAAGCUGUCAGUAUUGAUGCCGCCAACAUUGACAUGAUCUACAAUCAUGUUAGGUCCACAGCCUCGCUUUUCCUGCAUGAAACCUGCAGUUGCACGGAUACGACUGAAGUGCCGGGUCUUCUUGCCCGAUUUGUUGAUUCACACAAGGCCCUGGAGAGAAUUGUCGAGCCAACCAUGGAAAGGAACACACUGUACGAGCUGAAUACCCUGUGA